UUUGGGAUCCCUAUCUCAAAUUAAUAAUCACAUUCAGUUUUUAUUUAACUGUCGGUGGAAAUUGUUUUUACAACUUUUAAUCUUUUUAAGGCUAUAAAGAAAUAUUCAUAUCAAUCAUGUCUUCUCGCAAAACUGCCGGUCGUCGCGCUACCACCAAGAAGCGUGCUCAACGUGCCACCUCGAAUGUCUUUGCCAUGUUCGAUCAGGCACAAAUAGCAGAAUUCAAAGAGGCCUUCAAUAUGAUCGAUCAAAAUCGCGAUGGAUUUGUAGAAAAAGAAGAUUUACACGAUAUGCUAGCGUCAUUGGGUAAAAAUCCCACCGAUGAAUAUUUAGAGGCAAUGAUGAAUGAAGCACCUGGACCCAUCAAUUUCACAAUGUUUUUAACAUUGUUCGGUGAACGAUUGCAAGGAACAGAUCCCGAAGAUGUCAUUAAAAAUGCUUUUGGUUGUUUCGAUGAAGAAAACAGUGGUGUGCUGCCCGAAGAUCGACUACGUGAGCUGCUUACUACCAUGGGAGAUCGUUUCACAGAUGAAGAUGUCGAUGAAAUGUACCGUGAAGCCCCUAUUAAGGGCGGUCUCUUUGACUACAUCGAGUUUACCAGAAUUCUUAAGCACGGUGCUAAGGAUAAGGACGAACAAUAAAUGUUGAUUCCCUCAUACCGACACAUUCCCCCCCCAUCCGUAUUAUAUCCCAUUAAUAUAUAUAUCUCUAACGAUCCAGUCAUGAUUCACAUCUGUAAAUGUACGACAAUACAAAUGAUCCCCGUUUUUUUUU